GAGAACAGGGGGGAGAGCGUUUUUAUAUUGCGACACUAGUAUAGUGAUAUCCAGGGGGAGAGCGUUUUUAUAUUGCGACACUAGUAUAGUGAUAUCACACCGAAACCAGUUAAAAUCCCCUGCUUUCUAAGUAAGUGAGCUGUAUGUACUAGGCUACUCUGCACCCGGUAUCCGCCCAUAUUCGCGCUAAGGCCAAACUCAGCUGAAUCGACAGUAGCAGGCCAAGCGCUGGAUCAAAUGUAAAAUUCAAUUGAUUCAUUUCCUUACUUUCGUCUGCUUUUUCAAAUAAAUUUAAUCUACAUAAAUGGGGCAGUUUCAUUGUGAAGUAGGAAAUGUAGAGAUCGUGUGAAAAGGGAGGAUUAUCUGCUUGACUUGUUAUUUGGUCGCAACUUCGGACGCGGAACUCCAUACGCUAAAGGUGAAGGAUGACAGAAUACAAGCUGGUGGUGGUGGGAGCAGGAGGUGUGGGCAAGAGUGCGCUCACCAUCCAGCUCAUUCAGAACCACUUUGUGGAUGAAUAUGACCCCACCAUCGAGGACUCGUACAGGAAGCAGGUGGUGAUUGAUGGGGAGACAUGUCUGCUGGACAUCCUGGACACUGCAGGUCAGGAGGAGUACAGCGCCAUGAGGGACCAAUACAUGAGGACAGGGGAGGGCUUCCUCUGUGUCUUCGCCAUCAACAACACCAAGUCCUUUGAGGACAUCCACCACUACAGAGAGCAGAUCAAGCGGGUGAAAGACUCAGAAGACGUGCCAAUGGUGCUGGUGGGGAACAAGUGUGACCUGCCGUCCCGGACGGUGGACACCAAACAGGCUCAGGACUUAGCGCGCAGCUACGGCAUCCCCUUCAUUGAGACCUCGGCCAAAACGAGACAGGGUGUCGAUGAUGCCUUUUACACAUUAGUGCGGGAAAUCCGAAAACACAAAGAGAAGAUGAGCAAGGAGGGCAAGAAGAAGAAAAAGAAGUCCAAGACAAAGUGUAUACACAUGUGAAUAAUGACACCCCCCCCCUUUUCAAGAUAGAAAAAAUGUGUUCAAACUGUUUAAUACAUUUUUGUACAUUACACUAAAUUAUUAGCCUCUUAUCUAAGUAACCACAACACCGAAUAUCGAAAUGAACCCCUUUUUGUCUGCCCUCAUUUUUUUUGCUAAUUUGAAACUAAGCUUUACUUAGUGUUUAGUGCCAGUUGCCCAGAAGUGUUGGUCCAAUAGGUUGAUUAUCAAUUAGGAGUGGUACACUGUAGGGACAUUUUGGACAAUAGAAAAAGCAAGCCUAAAAAGCUUAUUUUCCCUCUGCUAGUAGAGCAUUAGCAGAAGAGGUUGUUGUAGUACAUGCUUCUAACAGUAUGGGGGAGAGUUGAAUUCCAUCCGUAGUGCCUAAAAGCCUGUUUUUAACAUGGGCAACGCCAUUGAGGACUUUCACCAUUUUUAAGUAGUCAACUGGGGACUUCCUACGGGUUAUGGAAGGAUCACAUGAUUCCAUCUGGGUCAUCAGGAGAGAUCAGCCAAUUAAUUAUACUUGCGAGCAAACAUUUCAUAACUGCAGGUGGCAGUAAAUUGUCUUUAUACCUGUUCAAAAAGCACACUCCAAGUGGCACUAUGCACCCUUUCAGUUUGUCAACUCGCAGUAGUAGAAGAAGAAAAUUGACUACUUCAAAAUGGAAAUGGCCCCAAUGACGCUGCCCAUGCUCACAGACGCCAUAAUGGGAAAGAUGCAAUGCUGCGAUUUCUAUCGAAGUUUAUGAUUCCAUUCGAUACCAUAGGACCCUCAAACUCAACUCUGGACCUCAAAGCCAGUUCCACUGCAUUUUUUUCAUUGGUUCCCUCUAGUCAGGGACUGAUUUAGACCUGUGCCACCAGGUGUAUGUGCAAUUAUCAGGUAGAACAGAAAAUCAGCAGGCUCCAGACCUUGUAGGAGUUGAGUACCCCUGCCAUAGGACAAGGAGUAACAACCGGGAGGCACGACCAACACUUGAUUAGGGGAAAUUCCAAAUGUCCUGGCCGCUGUGUGUAAUAAUGCCCAUCCUCCUACAUUAGACUCCUAGAUAUGAUUCAAUAAUAUCAUGCAGUUCUUUUAGCAUGCAUAUGAACUUUACUACUGUAUCUAGUUAAAAAAAUGGUUACCCAUUUAAUUCACUUGUAAUCUGUUAAUGCUUUUUUUUGUAAUUGGUGAGCAGUGAUUUCCUGCCUACAGGAGAGACUUUCCUUUUUGCAUGCAAUGUGUUCUUACGGGGAAUGGCACUGUGAUGCUCAUACUGUAUGAUACUGAUACAGCCUCUAGGGCCAGGAACAAGGAGCUCUGUUCCAGUUGGGGGACACAGGUUUUUAUAGUGUUUCGGGACUUGAGUCAAUCCAUAUUCACCAAACCUGAUCUGAUCUUUUGGGUAGAAACCAGUUGUUGAGUGGUGGGAAACCUUCUCAACAACUGAAUUGCUCCAGGUGGCAGGUUUGAAGCAUAAUAUAUUUUUAUAUAAAGAGAGGCAUCAGAACAGCAAGAUUCUGCCAGUGAUUUUGAAAAGGACAUGCAGCUAAUGUUGUGUUGCUCAGUGGCACUGCAUGUUGCUUAAAACCCAUCACAAGCCAGUGUCUCCUGUAGUUAUUUUAUCAUUAGAUAGGAUAUUCCCUGCUCAUUACGAACGUCCUAGAAGAUGAGUUCAUUGUUCCUGAAGAGACCUUGUUUAAGCUAUGAACUUCCCUCUUAUCCUCAGGAUUGGUGUAUUUUGCGUCAUGUUUUGUGUUUUUGAAGGUAGUUCACUGGAGUAACACAUUUGACCUCAGCUAAUUGAGCCAGCAAAUCAAGAUCUGGGCUUCCUUGUUACAGUUUAGCAUCUGAAGUGUUGAGUGCAAAAAAAAAAUAGCAUGCCUAAAUCGAACCUAAACUUUAAACUAAGUCAUCUAAUGUCGACUACGUAGAUGUGUUCUUCGGGUGAACUAUCUUCUUAAAGAAUAGUGACUCAUUGUCUUCAGAUGCAGGACAUAAAACACCCCAACAGAUCCUAACAGAAUAUGCCUUGCACAUUUCCCCAAUCCUUUGUUUUGUAUAUAUCGCUGCCAUAAACUUACUCUCCUUUUUUGGAUUGGCUAGAUUAGGCAAAACAAAUCUUAAAGGCCUUGUUUUGUCCUACCACUUAUUAUUAUUAUUUUUUACUUCUACAAAAGAUGCAUCCCAAUAGUAAUGGUGUCAUGAUAAGUGUGUUCAAAAAAUGUAUUGUUUAUAUGAAUUUUUCUAAAUCACCUUUGGGUGUUUUUUGGAGUUUGGGUGGGAAGGUGUUGAGGGUUUUUCUGUGCUGGCUUUCAAGUGAAAUGACUCGUCCAGUCCAAUCAUUUUUAUGUCACGUUUAUCUUUCACAGGUUGUUGCAUCCAAGUGAUGUAGUAACUGGAACUGAUGUCUGCAAAUGAGGCAAUAAUUGCCAUUUUAAAUUAGUUUUUAGAGAAAAAAAGUCAAUUGAUAACAUGGAAUAUUUGCUUUUCAGGGUCAAUGCAUAUUUCACCACCUUAUUACUAGUUUUUGACCUUGGGGCUUCUUACACAUUGCCUUUUGUGUUGCCAUCGUGCUUCAGUCAGACAGCAUAGGCUUCUCUGUCACGUCUGUUCAAGAGCUACAAACUCCGUGCUGUUUGAGAGGAACAAGAUUCUAAAUUGAAACAUAAUAUACAAUAUGUUUAGGCUGUUUACACAACCACCCUAAGAACCCAAAUCUGAUUUUCUUUCUUUCUAUAUCCAAUCUUUUCUUCUAACUGUCCACACAGUUUUACAUGUGACCCAUAUCAGAUUUGCACAUUCACACUGAUGUAGCACACAGAUGAAAUGCUCGUUUCCUGCCUUUGUUCCUUUCCAUUUCGGGUGCUUCUUAUGUGCAUAAAAACGCUUCGGAAGAAAAUAAUCUGAUCCGAGGUCGCACAUAGAGGAUCGGGUUUGUAUCAGGGUUAUGAUCUACAUAUGGAGGUGGUAUAAAUCAAAAGUCCAAAGAUCAGAUUCCAUGUGUUUUUUUGCUGUUUACACAGGGAAAAUAUCAGAUGGGUAUCAGAUAUGCAAUUAAUUGGCAAUAGAUCUGAAUUGGUGCAGCCUUAGUUCUUAGGAUUUAUCUUUUUUGACCCACUUUGAUUAAAUCCUUUUUGUUACUAAAGUUCGAUAUUAACUGUUAAUGCAUUUUUGAUUAUGGGAACCCAUUUGUUAACAAUACUGUAUCAAGAAAAGUAACUAUAGUGAAAUGUGUUGAAAUGUUCCGCCUCCCUUUUUUUAUGUGCCAAUGGCUGAUUUCUGAGAAAAAAGUAUAAUUUAUACCUGGAUCGUAUUUUAACAACCUAUUGUCAUACUGAAAGGUGCAUAUUUUGUAAAUUGUGCUUCAUUUUGUUGGUGUCUCUAAAUGAAUGUUGCUUUAAUGGAGUUUUCACUACUCCUCUCUGUUUGUGUAUGAUGGGACUCGGGAGAGUGACUGGGUCUAGGGGAGAGUGACUGGGUCCAGGUCUAGGGGAGAGUGACUGGUUCCAGGUCUAGGGGAGAGUGACUGGUUCCAGGUCUAGGGGAGAGUGACUGGGUCCAGGUCUAGGGGAGAGUGACUGGGUCCAGGUCUAGGGGAGAGUGACUGGGUCCAGGUCUAGGGGAGAGUGACUGGGUCCAGGUCUAGGGGAGAGUGACUGGUUCCAGGUCUAGGGGAGAGUGACUGGGUCCAGGUCUAGGGGAGAGUGACUGGUUCCAGGUCUAGGGGAGAGUGACUGGGUCCAGGUCUAGGGGAGAGUGACUGGGUCCAGGUCUAGGGGAGAGUGACUGGGUCCAGGUUAGGGGAGAGUGACUGGUUCCAGGUCUAGGGGAGAGUGACUGGGUCCAGGUCUAGGGGAGAGUGACUGGGUCCAGGUCUAGGGGAGAGUGACUGGGUCUAGGGUCCAGAGUGACUGGGUCCAGGUCUAGGGGAGUGAAUGAAUGACCACUGUUGAACACAUCAGUAGAGAUCUCUCUUUGGGAAGUGUGUAGUGUUGUGAUCUGAUCACAGAUCCAUUUUUUCCAUGAAUCUCACCACUCCUAUUUAAUGUGUAAUAAAGAAACGAGGAAUUGG